AGCAAAUGACAGGAAAGUUUGAAAUAAAGGAAGAAAUCCUAAAGUGGAAAUACCGUAGAAAGAUAGGAGAGAAUUCUGAAAAUAAUUUCAAGAUAAAAGGAAAGAAAAAGGAUACAGACGAAGAGGGAACUAUAUGGGAUCGUUUUCUUAAACUACCAGGUUGUGUAUCAAUUGACUGUGGUCUCGACACUAAAGCUGACAUGCCAUAUGAUGAAAUAGAAGUCACUUCCAUAGCUCAUGUAUCUUUGUUCGACUCACACUAUCAUGCAAAUGAAAUGAAGGUACGAAACCUUCUGAACACUUAUGCUUUUAAACGUGAUAUGGGGAUUGAAUCAAGAAGACCUGUAACAGGAUUAAACUUUGCCUCAUUAUAUCCCAGUCUCAUUAUGGCUUACAAUCUCUCUCCAGAUAAAAUAAUACUAAUACAUGAAGAGGCUGAUAUUGCGGAAAAAAAUGGAACCAUUUUAUAUAAAAUUGAGUUUCCAUUCAAUUAUCACACUGUUCAAGCUUGA